AUGAUGCAGAGGACAAGAAGGAGGAGGCAAGACGUAAUGCGCAGAAUCGGGCGUCAAAUUUGCAUGGUAGAGCAACCUAUACAGGUGGCUCGAGGAAUAUGUGCCGGGCUAUGGAACAAUUGAAAUGUCAAAAUCAUUGAGGAUGGUGACACACCUACAAUGUUGAAACUAUAUUUGGGUACCCACUCGUCAUCAGUAGAUAAGAUCACCAGAGAGUAUACAUACCCGGACAAUAGCACUAAUGAGUAUUGCAUCUAAAGCAGUUUUCCCUUCAAAAAACUUAAACCCAAGAAUAGAUAAGGGGGAGAGGAAGAUCAUGAGGUUCUCUAUUGCCAUUCUCCUCUUUUUCUUCACCUUCAGUAUUGAUCUCAGCAGCUGCAGCUCCAACUUUCAGUUUGAUGCUGAGCUGCAGGUUUCUGCUGAUGUCUGCAGCGGAGAAAAUGUUGGAGAAUGCUUAGAGAUGAGCAGCAAGAAAAUUCUUUGGGCGGCGACGGCUGUUGGUGGCGGACCUGGCGGUGGAAAGAAGAGGUACAUAAGCUAUGAAGCUCUAAGGAGGGACAAUGUGCCCUCUAAUAGGCUUGGGAAGCCUUACUACAACUGCCAUGCUCUUCCAAAGGCGAACCCUUACACUAGGGGAUGCAGUGUAAUCACCGGGAGCGGGUCAUCGAGAAGGCAACCUCAUCAGGGGUCGGUUCAACCCCAAAGGACGAUGCACUUUCCUUCACCCAGAUGUUAGAUUCCUUGCACGGAGGGCAUCACGGUGGUUAUGAAAGAGGUUUGGGCAUUGGUGUCACUCGGUCUUAUUUGAGGGCCUCCUCUAUACCAGAAAUCAGCACUUCUAAUCAGGAGCUACGUCGCGAGGUUGCUGAUCUUAGAGCUUGGGUAGCUGAGAUGGACAGUCUCAAGGAGGAGCUUAGGUCUCAGAUGCAUUGGAUUAAUAACAAUAUGGUUAAUUCUUCGGGUACUUGUCCUGCUCCCACUCCUAAUGAUCCACCAUCAUUUACUCAGCCUGGUCUAAUUCCUCAGCACGCUGCCGAUAUACGACAUUCUGCUCGUCCUGCUUCAGCUAUUAACACUUCUACUUCCAGUGCUCAAGGUUUAUCACAAGAGAAUCUUGUUAGGAUAUUUGCAGACUUGAGGCGUUCCGGUUUGUCACAGGAGGACAUUCUUCGAGGAAUUUCUUCUGUUCCUUGACUGGAUUGAUUAGGCUACUUCUAAUUUUAUUUUGGACAUUUGAGACAUUUUUGAUGUUAGAGACACGUAUAUAAUAUUAGAUGCUUUUCAUUGUGAUAUAUUAAGUAAUCAUUGCGUAUGUAUAUGUUUUGUCUCUAAUAUUGAAUAUUGAGUAAUUAUUGAGUAAUCAUUGGAUACUUAGCAUC